AUGUCAGUAAAAGUAGAAGAUUUGAAAUCUGAAGACAAGCCAGCGAAUAUUAGUCAAAAGGGUAAAAAUUGUUUGAAAAGCUUUUGCUCUUUUAAAACAGUUGUCAUUAUAAUAUGCGUGGGGCUCGUUGUGGAACAGAUUGUAUCAUGUAUACAGAAGCUUGUGGAUCGUCCGAUAACGACGUACACGCAUUUCGAUUUUAAUAAAACUAUCGCCUACCCUAGCAUUACUUUCUGCAGGGAGCCACCUUAUAAACAGGAUAAAUUACAGGAUUACGGACUCUACGCUCAUCCCCGAUUUACUUCAAUGUGGCGAAACUUUAACUUCUCCAGCAUCUCCUUAGACGAGCUCUGGGAGGAUAUAACUUAUAAUGACACCGAAUUUUUCGUGCAAUAUGGAUUAGACCAUUUGAGAGAUAAUGUAAUUCUAACUCCAGUCACGGGGUUUGUCAUGGGUCGAUGUUACACGAUGUCCCCAAAAGUGAUGGGAACGAUAGCAAGAGCUACUCAGAACAGCGGCUACUCAGUGACUCUAAGGCAUGCGGCUGCAGAUAUGGUGAACCCUAUUAGUAUACUGCCUCCAGGAUAUCAUGUCCAUGUACACUAUGUGAGGGAGCCCUAUACUGAAGUGGAAGUAUACAAUGGUGGGCUUGUGGAUUACUUAUAUAUAAACACGGGAGAGACUGUCAGCGUCAAGUUGAAAGUUGAUGAGUACUUGAUGAUAAGUGGAAACGACGAUCCUUGCACCAACCGACUAAACUACAGUGCAAAUGCUUGUACUACAAAAUACGUAUCAGACAUGGUGUCUCGAACCGUUGGCUGCUCUGGACCGUGGAUGGAAAGUGAUUUACCUUAUUGUAAUAAUUUUGAAGAUAUGACAAAGCUUAUCUCUUCUUAUAUUAAUUUCUAUCAAAACCAUGAAUGUGACGAGUGUCCACGAUUUUGCCGCUCAUAUCUAUAUAACUGCUUUGUGACGGACAGACAGAAGUAUUAUAUUUGGGAUCCAGAUACUUCUGAAGAGGCUAGAUUACAGACACAGUUUUACAUUCACUUCAACAAUAUGAUGGUUUCCGUCUACGAAGAGAGAUACAACUACGAUUGGAAUCUAUUUCUGUCAGAUCUCGGCGGCAGUGUUGGCUUUUUACUUGGCUUAUCAGUUAUAGGCCUGAUAAAUAUUAUUGAAAAAAUUUGGAUUAAGAUUAUAAUACCUAUGAUCUCUAAGAAAAUUCAAAAGGACGGCGCCAACAACACCAGUAACACAGCAGAUGUUGAUAUCAUUUCCAAACCUGAAGACACUAGGACAGAUCAGCGGAAUGGAAAUCGUGUUGCA